AUGGGCCGCCCCGAGCGGGGCGCGCUCCGGCCGCUGGCGCCGCUGGCGCCGCUGCUGCUUCUGCUGCUGCUGCUGCCGCUGCGGCUCCAACAGCUCGCGGCGGCGGCAGCGGCUGAUCCACAGCGCGGCGGCCAAGGGCCGGUCAAAGAGUGUGAAGAGGACCAAUUCCGGUGUCGGAAUGAGCGCUGCAUCCCCUCCGUGUGGAGAUGCGACGAGGACGACGACUGCUCGGACAACAGCGACGAGGAUGACUGCCCCAAGAAGACAUGUGCGGACAGCGACUUCACCUGUGGCAACGGCCACUGCAUCCCAGAGCGGUGGAAGUGUGACGGCGAGGAGGAGUGUCCUGACGGCUCUGAUGAGUCCGAGACCACAUGCACCAAGCAGGUGUGUCCUGCAGAGAAGCUGAGCUGUGGACCCGCCAGCCACAAGUGUGUGCCUGCCUCGUGGCGCUGCGACGGGGAGAAGGACUGCGAAAGCGGAGCGGAUGAGGCCGGCUGUGCCACCUUGUGCGCCCCGCACGAGUUCCAGUGCAGCAACCGCACCUGCUUGGCCGCAGUGUUCGUGUGCGACGGCGACGACGACUGCGGCGACGGCAGCGACGAGCGCGGCUGCGCCGACCCGGCCUGCGGGCCCCGCGAGUUCCGCUGCAGCGGCGGCGGCGGCGCCUGCAUCCCUGAGCGCUGGGUCUGCGACCGCCAGUUCGACUGCGAGGACCGCUCGGACGAGGCGGCCGAGCUGUGCGGCCGCGCGGGCCCCGGGGCCACCGCCGCUCCUGCCGCCUGCGCCGCGGCCUCCCAGUUCGCCUGCCGCAGCGGCGAGUGCGUGCACCUGGGUUGGCGCUGCGACGGCGACCGCGACUGCAAGGACAAGUCGGACGAGGCCGACUGCCCACUGGGGACCUGCCGUGGCGACGAGUUCCAGUGUGGGGAUGGGACUUGUGUCCCUACGAUCAAGCGCUGCAACCAGGAACAGGACUGUCUGGACGGGAGUGAUGAAACCAGCUGCCUGCAGGAAUCAACAUGUGAGGGUCCCCGCAGAUUUCAGUGUAAGAGUGGCGAGUGCGUGGACGGCGGGAAAGUGUGUGACGCUCAGAGAGACUGCCGGGACUGGUCGGAUGAACCUCUGAAAGAGUGUGGGCUGAACGAGUGUCUGCACAACAAUGGUGGCUGCUCCCACAUCUGCACGGACCUCAAGAUCGGCUUUGAGUGCACGUGCCCAGCAGGCUACCAACUGCUGGACCAGAAGACCUGUGGCGACAUCGACGAGUGUGAGGACCCUGAUGCCUGCAGCCAGAUCUGUGUCAAUUACAAGGGCUACUUCAAGUGCGAGUGCCACCCCGGCUACGAGAUGGACACGCUGACCAAGAACUGCAAGGCUGUCGCCGGCAGAAGCCCAUCGCUGAUCUUCACGAACCGGCAUGAAGUGCGGAGGAUAGACCUGGUGAAGCGGGACUACUCCCGCCUCAUCCCCAUGCUCAAGAAUGUCGUGGCGCUGGAUGUCGAAGUGGCCACCAAUCGUAUCUUCUGGUGUGACCUCUCCUACCGUAAGAUCUACAGCGCCUACCUGGACAAGGCCAGCGACCCGGCAGAGCAGGAGGUCCUCAUUGACGAGCAGCUGCACUCUCCAGAGGGCCUGGCAGUGGACUGGGUCCACAAGCACAUCUACUGGACUGACUCAGGCAACAAGACCAUCUCCGUGGCCACAAUUGAUGGUGGCCGCCGCUGCACUCUCUUCAGUCAGGACCUCAGUGAACCCCGGGCCAUCGCGGUUGACCCCCUGAGAGGGUUCAUGUAUUGGUCUGACUGGGGGUACCAGGCCAAGAUCGAGAAGUCUGGGCUCAACGGUGUGGACCGGCAAACACUGGUAUCAGACAACAUUGAAUGGCCCAAUGGAAUCACCCUGGAUUUGCUGAACCAGCGCUUGUACUGGGUAGACUCCAAGCUUCACCAGCUCUCCAGCAUUGACCUCAACGGAGGCAACAGGAAGAUGCUGAUUUCCUCCCCCGACUUCCUCAGCCACCCUUUCGGGAUAGCUGUGUUUGAGGACAAGGUGUUCUGGACAGACCUGGAGAAUGAGGCCAUUUUCAGUGCAAAUCGGCUCAAUGGCCUGGAAAUCUCUGUCCUCGCUGAGAACCUCAAUAACCCACAUGACAUUGUCAUCUUCCAUGAGCUGAAGCAGCCAAGAGCUGCAGAUGCCUGUGAGCUGAGUGCCCAGCCCAAUGGCGGCUGUGAGUACCUGUGCCUUCCUGCUCCUCAGAUCUCCAGCCCCUCUCCCAAGUACACGUGUGCCUGUCCUGACACAAUGUGGCUGGGCCCAGACAUGAAGAGGUGCUACCGAGCACCUCAAUCUACCUCAACUACGACGUUAGCUCCUACCACAGCGAGGACACCAGCGGAAAACACGAGAGCCCCUGGGACCACUGUCCACAGCCUCACAUACCAGAACCACAGCACAGAGACCCCAAGUCUGGCAGCUGUGGUCCCAAGCUCAGUUGGCAUCCCCAGGGCUCCCAGCAUCAAGCCAUCUGCCCCAAGCCCUGCGACCAGCAACCACUCCCAGCACUAUGGGAAUGAAGGCGGCAAGAUGGACUCAACCGUCACUGCUGCGGUCAUUGGGAUCCUCGUGCCCAUGGCGGUAAUAGCCCUGCUGUGCAUGAGUGGCUACCUGAUCUGGAGAAACUGGAAGCGGAAGAACACCAAAAGCAUGAAUUUUGACAACCCAGUGUACAGGAAAACAACAGAAGAGGAGGACGAAGAUGAGCUCCACAUAGGGAGAACUGCUCAGAUUGGCCAUGUCUAUCCUGCAGCAAUCAGCAGCUUUGAUCACCCACUGUGGGCAGAGCCCUGUCUUGGGGAGACCAGAGAACUGGAAGACCCAGCCCCUGCCCUCAAGGAGCUUUUUGUCUUGCCGGGGGAACCAAGGUCACAGCUGCACCAACUCCCGAAGAACACUCUUUCCGAGCUGCCUGUCGUCAAGUGCAAGCGAGUGGCAUUAAGCCUUGAAGAUGAUGGACUGCCCUGAGGAUGGGACCACUCCCUUCGUGCCUCAUGGAAUUUAGUCCCAUCCACUACACUUUCUGGAUGGUGUAUGCCUGCAUGAAGGUGUUUCUGUAUAUGGGUCUGUGUGAGUGAGUGAGUGUGUGUGUGUGCGCGUGUGUGUGAUUUCUUUUUAAUUUAUGUUGCGGAAAGGUAACCACAAAGUUAUGAUGAACUGCAAACAUCCAAAGGAUGUGAGAGUUUUUAUAUGUAUAAUGUUUUAUACACUUUUUAACCGGUUGCACUGCCAUGGGGACUUCAUGGAAUGGCUACUGCCGAGUGACUGACACGAUGUACAUAACCAAAUGGGGCUGAUGGUACAGUAGCUUACUCAUCAUUUUAAAACUAUAUUUACAGAGGGUGUUUGGUUUGCGGGGGCUUUUUUAGGUUUUGGAGUUUGGGUUUUUUUUUUUUUUUCAAGUAUAUAAAAUGAUGAUGCUUUGUGGCUUCCAUCAACAUAAGUGAGAAAAAGAAGAAAACACUUCAACUCCCUCCCCCACUUAGAUUAUUUAUUAACAUAUUUCAGAAAUAAGAUUAGUUCUAUAGAUAAUUUAGAGACAUGAGAGUAUUUAUUUUUGGUAUGACUGGCCCACCAUGCAGACUCCGCGUGCAUUGAUGUUCCUAUGUGUAUGUGUGUGAGAGAGACAGAUCUGUAGAAAGAGGCGCGCCUGGGGCUGUUUGAAUCCAUACAGAGAAAUACAUGGGAAAACAGUCCACGGAGGGGCAUCUGUCGUUUUCAGAGAAGCCUCUGGAAAUUUGGCUCAAAAAAGUGGAUGCCGUGAUUUGGUACACACGUGGUGGAAGAGGCAGGUCUUCCCCACCUCUGGCAACUCCUGGGACCCCAGUCAGUCAGGCAAAGCCUUUCAGUUCACCCAUGGCUGCCAUGACUCCCACUUGGGCUUUCUCUUCUGUGGCUGAGGCCAGUGCACAGACGUCACACGGUGCCAGUUCUCGUGAGCUCAGGCGAGAACAUGCCCGAACCUUGGCUACUGCUUAUUUUAAAGUUCGACAUUUCAAGUAACUUCCUUUUCCUUCAGGAUGCUUGGGUUGAAUUCAUUAUAUUUCCUCUGAAGCAGGUACAGAGUGCCAUCCUUACUCGUAGAGCGCUAAGUGGAGGCAUUUCUAGAACAGCCCAAGUUUCCUGUAGAGACUGGCUCAGGCACUGAACCUCUGAGACACGCAGUGGGUGAGGAUAAGGACAGUGGAGUGCGUUCUGUUACAUCUCUGUUUCUCCCUUUCCCUUAUUCUCUGCCAUUUCCUAUAAGUGGGGGAAACAACACAGGCUUGCUACCAUCAUGUGCUCAUAUAGAGGAAAGUAGCUUUAGGUUGAAGUCAGAAAAAGUGGCCAAACUUGAAGUCCUACGAGAGGGAAAUGGCAUACACAACGUUAUAGCCUAUUGAAUAUAUAUGUUCACACAGGGAUUUGGUUUACUACUUUGUAAAUAAAAGAAAAAACUCUGAGUAUAUGUAUAGAUUUUUUUUUUUUCAUUAUGGACACUUUUUGUUGUUUUUCCCGGGUGUUGGGAGAGGUGGGAGAAGUGCUUUUUUCUCUUUGCGGGAUCUACCAUUGAAAACAUGGUCCCAGAAGGAACUCUGGCCCCGCCAGCUCUCUCAUCCAAGAUCUGAUUUUUUCUUAACUCUGCUGUUCUGCCACUUCCCUCCCACCAGACAGCCAGGGACAAGACAUGUGAACAAACUAAACAAAUUCUGACACCCCUCCCCGCAGCAGCCCCCAACUCAGUGAAGCUUGGAUAUCUCACCAGCUUGAUACCCUUCGCAUUCCCAGGCAGGCAUUCAGGAGUUCUAUAACCCUGCUCCUAGAACCUUUCUCCACGUCACUCGUGAGCUCCUCACUUCUGAGAAAAACAACUGUGUUCUGGAGCCUCGGCCCUAUGCUCUGCGUAAACAAGCAAUUUCCUCACGAUACGCGUGUGUUGUGGUCCUGAAACACUCAUUGAGAGUCAACUGACCUAGAGACCAAUACCAAAUAGAAUUUUAAGAACAGGUGGCCAACUCCUAUGGAGCUUAUUCACUUACUACUAUUCUUUCAAGAAUGGAAAGUAAAAUUAUUUUUGACUGAAGAAAAAUGACAAAAAAAAAAAAGUCAUUGAGAUUUACAGAAAACAAACAGGCAACUUUUUCUAUGACCUGCCUCCAAAGAAAUAGAAUUUCCUGGGGAAAUGAGAACAGUGACUAAUGUGUAGUUUCUAAACUUUGAAUCAGAUCUUGGCCUUCCCAGAAAAAACAAACAAAGCAAAACAAACACAAACAAAAAUGGAGUCAGGAUGGUUCAGCCUGAGAUCUCAAAAUGAUGAUGAAACACAGCUUUCUCAGAGACAUCCAUGUUUCUUGAAUAUACUACAAGUGCAGUUUGGAAGAGGCGGCUCUGGGAGCGGCUACAGAAGAUGAAUUGCAGAGUCCUCACGUGUCCGAUGGUAGUCAGUAGGAUGAAAUCUGAGGGGGUCAGGUCCAUCCUCCCUCUCUAGUCUUGGAGGCUCCUGAACCUCAUUUUGAGGUGUUAUUGCAUUUCUGUUGCCUUUUGCCCCUGUGCUAUCAUGUAUCUACAGCCAAUAACAAAUCAUAGAGUCAUUGGACUAUAGAGCUGGAAGGAAAUCUAGACAUAAGGCCUGGAGGGUAGAAGAUUUAUCAGAAAUUUUUUUUCCCUCUGUUUCAGAGAAACUGGUCCCAGACCUUUUCCUCCCUUUCCUUCUCCAAAAGACUACUUUGGGCUGCCUGAGCAUUGUACCAAACCUGCUACCUAUCUAAUGGCCUAUCUUUCCAGUGGAAUUAUGAAGACACUGGUAGAAAUAGCCUGCCAGAAACAGAAAACUAAAAUUUUAUUUAUUUACUCUUGAUGGCAUGAUUAUUUAUAAAAUAGGUUGAGGUAACGUUUAACCU